AUGGCCCCUUCUAAGGUCAGCUCCAAGGUGAGCUUGAGCCAGGCAGAGCGACAGGAACCUCGCAUGGUAUGGAACAAUACCAAUAUCAACACUGUACGCGACAGCCAGCCCUCCGCCUCUACUCCCUCUCCUGCUGCUCAAGCUGACUCUAUCUCUGCACGUCAGCUGUGGCAGGUCAUCAUGCGCACCCAGCAGGUGAAGCUCGACCUGAACCUGGCUGAGAUCUCAGCUGCCUGGCCCACUUAUCCCCGCCCCACGAUCUUUGCAUUAGAGCAGCAGCUUGCUGGCUUCCGUCGUCAUGCCCGUGCUGGAAACAGUGUGGUGCUGCGUCGCGGUGAUAUCAACGUCGCCAUGAGCGCCCAGGCCGCUGCCGAUGCUCUGGCUGCAGCCACGAACGAACAAAUCCACGUCUCUCCCGUCCACGGUGGUGCCACUGGCCAGACUACCAGCAAUGCGACUGCCCCCGCUCACCCUCCUCCCAGCACCAUCCCCGGUGACCAGGCAAUGGCAGGUCCUAGUAGUACUAGCUUCCAUGCUGUGAAUGGUGGUACCAACCACGUCCGGCGGACUUCCCCUCGCCAGGCUGCCCGCUCCGGACCAGCCAGCCAGGGCUCUGGCGCUUAG